AUGAAUGUGUUGUGGGUCACACUGCUUCUUCUUCAUCGAGGAUACACACUUAUUCCAGUAACUACAGUUCAACUUGGUGAACCUGCAACUUUACUAUGUGACCUGCCUAAGACCGUGUACAGCCGUAGAGUCGACUGGUACAAGCAGAGUCCUGGAGACACUCUGCAAAGAAUUUGGACAGUGAAGGACUCUGCAGCACCUGCCUUUGCACCUGAGUUCAACAACUCAAAAUGGGAUGUUAAGUAUGACAAGAAUUUGAGCAACCUGACCAUUUUGAGGACAAACCAAGAGGACGAGGGAAUGUAUCACUGUGGAUUCACAGCGUGGCUCCAAGAUACCAAAUGGACUGCAAUAUAUUUGUUAGUAAAAGGAAACACCCAGAGAACAUCAAACUAUUCUGUUGUUCAAGAGAAGAUAGCCCCUCCAGGAGGCUCAGUCACUCUUCAUUGUUCACUCCUCUCUAAUUUUGAUCACAAGACAUGUUCCGGAGGUCUCAGUAUGUUCUGGUUUAGAGAAGGAUCAAAUCCAUCUCAUCCUAGCAUCAUCUACACUGAUGGAAACAGACAUCAUAAAUGUGGGAAUAGCCCUGCGACUCAUCAGAGUUGUGUUUAUCAGUACAGUAAAAAUAUUAGCUCCUCAGACGGCGGGACAUACUAUUGUGCUGUGGCCACAUGUGGGAAGAUAUUGUUUGGAAAAGGAACUAAACUUCAAGGAAACACCCAGAGGAUAUCAAACUAUACCGUUGUUCAGGAGAAGACCAUCCGUCUAGGAGACUCGGUGACUCUCCAGUGUUCAGUUCUCUCAGUCUCAGUUAACAAGACAUGUCCAGGGGGUCUUGAGAAAAAGAACACAUUGACGUUUUCUGCUGUUGUGUUUACGAUGAUGAAGGCUGACAAAUAUAAAAGACAGGGUGCAGUGAAGCGGCAGCAGAUCUACAUGGCUGUCAAGGCUUUUGGACUGGAUUAG